AUGGCUGCGUCUGUCGUUUUGGCUGCGCUUUUGGCCUUUGCCCCUCUGGGUCUAGCCGUCGAUCCGCCGCGCCAGCCUCAUCAACCUGUCGGCGAGGGCGAUCGUCUUCUCACCUUCAAUGAGACAAGUCCGAGCGCCAAAUUGAGGCCGUCUACUCUCAGCGUGGACUGGUCUUCUGCCGGCGCUGAUGGAAACUACAUUGUUCUCAGCCCCGAGGGUGAUCUCGUCCUCGAGGAUAUCGUCUCACAGAAGACGACAAAGUUUGUCACCGCUGAUAAACUCCCCAAGGAUAUGCACGAGUACUCCAUCAGCGGCGAUGCGAAGAGGGUUCUGAUUGCUUCAAACUACACCAAGCAGUAUCGUUACUCGUACUUUGCUGAUUACUUCAUCCUCGAUGUUGAGUCUGGCGAGAGUGAGCCUCUGGUCAAGGACCAGGUUGGCGAUAUCCAGUUUGCGCAGUUUGCACCCACUGGAGAUGCCGUGGCCUUUGUUCGCGACCACAACCUCUUCAUCCGCGACGGCGAAGGAAAGAUCGACCAGAUCACCACCGAUGGAAGUCCUGAUAUGUUUCACGGUGUUCCCGAUUGGGUCUACGAGGAGGAGAUCUUCGGCACUCGCUCCACUCUGUGGUGGUCCCCCGACGCCAAGUUCCUCGCCUUUUUGAGCUUCAACGAGACAGGCGUUGGCACUUUCACCAUUCCUUACUACAUGGACAACCAGAAGCUGGCACCUACGUACCCUCGGGAGUUGGACCUCAGAUACCCCAAGGUCGGAUCCAAGAACCCCACCGUGGAACUCAACAUCCUUGAUGUUUCGGAGCGCGAGUACAAGCCCGUCCCCGUCGACGCCUUUGAGCCUGAGGAGCUCAUCAUUGGCGAGGUUGCAUGGGUUACCAAGAACCACACCGCUCUUAUCUACCGCGCCUUCAACCGUGUCCAAGACCACGAUGCUCAUGUUGUCGUCGAUCCUGAGACUCUUGACUCAAAGGUUGUUCGCGAGCGCGACGGCAGCGAUGGAUGGCUCGAGCAUACUCUGUCCAUCUCAUUCGUUGGAGCUUUGAACUCCAAGAGCGAUGAGACCUACUACGUUGAUGUCUCUGACGAAGACGGCUGGAACCACAUCUACCUCUACCCCGUCCAGGGCGGAAAGGCCAUCCAGCUUACUUCAGGCGAGUGGGAGGUGUCCACCAUCCUGCACAUCGACACCGCCAAGAAGCUUGUCUACUUCCAGGCCUCGAAGGCGCACUCCACCGAGCGACACGUCUACAAGGUUUCAUGGGAGACGAAGAAGCUCACUCCUCUCGUGGACGAGUCCGUCCCUGCUACGUGGGGUGCCUCGUUCUCGUCCAACGGCGGCUACUACAUCCUGCACUACCAGGGCCCUGAUGUUCCCUACCAGGAGCUUUACGCCGUCAACUCGACCAGCAAGCCUGUGCGCACUCUGGUUGAUAACAAGCAGUUCUACAAGAACAUCACCCAGUACAGCCUGCCCAACAUUACCUACUUUGAGCUGGAGCACCCAGACGGCUACACCCUGAAUGUUAUGCAGCAGCUCCCCGUCAACUUUAACCCCAGCAAGAAAUACCCUGUUCUGUUCACUCCCUACGGCGGCCCCAACUCUCAGCGUGUGGCCAAGUCUUUCCAGUCCCUGGGCUGGAAGGCAUACAUCUCUUCCGACCCUGAGCUUCAGUACAUUGUCUACACCGUCGAUAACCGCGGUACUGCCAUGCGCGGCCGAAAGUACCGGUCUCUUGUGGCCUCGCAGCUCGGAAAACUUGAGCCUCUGGAUCAGAUCUGGGCUGCCGAGCAGUUCAUCGAGAGGUUCGACUACGUCAACCCUGAGAAGAUCGGCAUGUGGGGUUGGUCUUACGGCGGAUACCUCACAGCCAAGACCGUCGAGGCCGACUCUGGAGUAUUCAGUUUCGGCCUCAUCACAGCACCUGUGUCGGACUGGCGCUUCUACGAUUCCAUGUACACCGAGCGUUACAUGAAGACCCUCAAGGAUAACCGCGAAGGUUAUCUCGAGACAGCCGUGCACAACGUCAACGGUUUCAAGAACAUCGACGGUGGAUUCAGCAUCCUCCACGGUACAGGUGAUGACAACGUCCAUUACCAACACGCUGCUGCUCUGAUUGAUCUUCUGGUUGGGUCUGGGGUGUCGCCUGAGAAGAUGAAGAUGUUUGCAUUUACUGAUAGUGACCACAGCAUUGUGUACAAUGGUGCGUCGGUCUGGAUCUACAAGUAUCUUACUGCGCGUCUGUAUGAUGAGGUCAAGAGGCAGCCCAAGGCCAAGGCUCUGACACAUCAAUGGAACAAGAGACGCCUGGAGAUUGUGGCAUAG